ACAGGGGCGCUAGGGUUUUCGUCUCCUGGUCGGAAGAGGACGAGAACCUCCGCCACGUAAACGACACAUCUUUUUUUUUUUCUUUUUAAAUCUCGAAUCGAUUCGAGAUCAAUCAUCAAAAGCCCUAAAUUUUUUUUUGGCUUUUGCUUCGAUUUGUUACCAUUUGGUUUUGAACGAUGGGGAGAGGCAAAUUCAAGGGGAAGCCCACUGGGCAACGCCACUUCUCUCAUCCAGAUGAUUUGCGUGCUGGCACAUCUUCAGCACGUCCUCGAUCAUUCAAACGGGAUGAAGCCGAGUAUGAACGUGAGCAAGAAGAAGACAAGGAGGAGGAGGUGGAAGAGGAGGAAUCGGGGGAAGAUUCCGAUGGAGAAAAGAAGAAGAAAGGGCAUGAGAGUCUGAUUGAAGUUGAAAACCCUAACCGAGCAAAACCAAAGACCUUAAAAGCCAGGGACCUCGAUGUCGGUAAAACCACUGAACUUUCAAGGCGUGAAAGAGAGGAACUGGAGAAGCAGCGAGCCCAUGAGCGGUACAUGAGGCUGCAAGAGCAAGGCAAAACCGAACAAGCGAGAAAAGAUUUGGAUCGUUUGGCUCUAAUAAGGCAACAAAGAGAAGAAGCUGCUAAAAAGCGAGAAGAGGAGAAAGCUGCAAGGGAUGCAAAGAAGGCAGACGCUCGCAAAUGAAGUUACUAAAAAAAAUGAAACCCUUUUGUUUUAGUCAUUAUAAAAAAGGGUUCCCUCUGGUUUAUUUAUUCAAGAAAACAUAAUGCUUGUUCUUAUUUUACUUCUGGACAGAUUGAUAAAAGAAAAGUACCCGUGGCUUAUAACUGAGAUCAGUAGGCAUCUCCCGUUUCAUUAA